CGUGAAGGAAGGACCAGAUGGCUAGUUUCAAUUCAAAAUAAUGGAGUAUUUCAGUUUUCGCCGACACCAUAAUAAACACCUUCAUUUCCACUCUCAGAAUCUUUCUUAUAAUAUUGCUUCAGUUGAGGUGUUGGUAUUUGCUGUCCCUCUCUUUAAUGCCCUGAGAUGCCCCUUCCCACUCACACUCUCUCCGAUCUCUAUCUCUCUGCUUCUUCUUCUUCUUCUUAGUAUUAUCACUCCCUGCUUGCUUCUGCCUCUACCAUGCUCUAGCUCCCCUCUAAAUCACUCUUAAAUUGUUUGGAAUAAUGGGUGUUCAGAAGAACCCCAUUGCAUUUUCUUACCCUUUAGUUCCUUCCUCCAUCACUCACUUACUGUUCAUUGCGAUCUUCAGUUUGCCGCUUUUUGUUCAAUGCAACACUGAUGCCUCCGACGUCCAAGCUUUACAGGUGUUAUACUCUUCAUUGAACAGCCCUUCCCAGCUUACCAAUUGGAAAAGCAAUGGGGGUGAUCCCUGUGCAGAGUCAUGGAAAGGGGUUUCUUGUGAGGGAUCAGCUGUUGUUUCCAUUCAGAUUUCUGGGUUAGGACUCGGAGGGACAAUGGGAUACUUGCUUUCACAACUCAUGUCCUUGAAAACAUUUGAUUUGAGUGACAACAACAUUCAUGACUCAAUCCCAUAUCAAUUACCGCCAAAUCUUACAAGCCUAAAUCUUGCGAGAAAUAACUUUACUGGGAAUCUUCCUUAUUCCAUUUCUACGAUGAAGUCUCUUUCUUACCUGAACAUGAGUCAUAAUUCAAUUUUCCAAUCAGUUGGAGAUGUUUUUGCAAAUCUUGCUCUUCUCACAACCCUGGAUCUCUCUUUCAACAAUUUUAGUGGCAAUCUUCCCAGCUCUUUCAGUUCGUUGUCCAAUCUUUCAACACUCUAUGUUCAAAAUAAUCAACUGACCGGUCCUCUUGAUGUGCUCAGCAGCAUACCUUUAACUACUUUGAAUGUUGCAAACAACCAUUUUACUGGAUGGAUACCUCGAGAGCUUAAUUCAGUUCCAAAUUUUAUAUAUGAUGGAAAUUCCUUUGACAAUGGUCCUGCUCCUCCUCCUCCACCAUAUACCCCACCGCCACCUGGUACAUCUCGUAAUAAUCGCAGUCAUUCUGGAUCAGGCACGCGUAAACCCCCAGCUUCUAACGGCGAGUCAUCUGGGUCAGAUAAGGGAAUGGCUGUUGGGACCCUUGUGGGAAUAAUCGUUGGUGCUAUUUUUCUCUUCUUCAUUGCACUUCUUGCUGUUGUUUUCAUCAGAAAGCAGAAAAGAAAGGCUGCAGGUGCCACAACAUCUCGGGGAAGUCGAUCCGCUGGCGCAACUGAUAUAAAUACAGAGAUACAAGAGCAAAGAGUGAAAAGCAUCGCUGCUGUUGCAGAUCUACAGCGCCCACCUGCUGAAAAUGCGGUGAUAGAGAAGUUACAAGGACAUUCUGGAUCCAUAAAGAGAAUGAAGUCGCCAAUAACUGCUACUUCACAUACUGUCGCUUCUCUGCAAACGGCAACAAAUAGCUUUAGCCAAGAGUUUCUAAUUGGUGAAGGUUCGAUAGGUCGUGUUUAUAGAGGAGAAUUUUCUAAUGGGAAGACAAUGGCUAUCAAGAAAAUCGACAAUGCAGCACUUUCAUUACAGGAGGAAGAUAACUUUGUUGAAGCUGUUUCAAAUAUGUCCCGCUUGAGGCACCCUAACAUCGUUUCACUGGCAGGAUAUUGUGCAGAGCAUGGGCAACGUCUUUUGGUUUAUGAAUAUAUAGGGAAUGGGAGUUUGCAUGACAUUCUGCACUUUGCUGAUGAUGAUGGAAAGACUUUGUCCUGGAAUGCACGUGUUAGGGUAGCACUUGGAACAGCCAGGGCUUUAGAAUACUUGCAUGAAGUCUGCUUGCCUUCUGUUGUGCAUCGAAAUUUUAAAUCGGCAAAUAUUUUACUUGAUGAAGAGCUCAAUCCUCACUUGUCAGAUUGUGGUUUAGCUGCUCUCACACCAAACACGGAGAGGCAGGUUUCAACACAGAUGGUUGGAUCAUUUGGUUAUAGUGCUCCUGAAUUUGCCUUGUCAGGAGUAUACACCGUAAAAAGUGAUGUAUACAGCUUUGGUGUGGUUAUGUUAGAGCUCUUGACUGGCCGCAAGCCAUUGGACAGUUCAAGGGUGAGAUCAGAGCAGUCGCUUGUGAGAUGGGCUACUCCUCAGCUGCAUGAUAUUGAUGCCUUGGCAAAAAUGGUUGAUCCCUCCUUGAAUGGCAUGUAUCCAGCCAAGUCUCUUUCACGCUUUGCUGACAUUAUCGCCCUCUGUGUUCAGCCGGAGCCCGAGUUUCGCCCACCCAUGUCUGAAGUUGUGCAAGCACUGGUGCGGUUAGUGCAGAGGGCUAGUGUUGUGAAAAGGCGAUCUAGUGAUGAUUCAGGAUUCGGAUACAAGACCCCUGAUCAUGAGGCCAUUGAUAUGUCAUUUUGAGGAUGGAGCCUUGUUGAAUUGGAGGUCAAACUUCCCACAGUUUCAGAGGAAACAAAUACAAAAAUCAGAUGAGAGAAAUGUAAUUAUGUUGAGAAUUUGUGAGCUGCAUAUACGAUUUUUAGGCACCUUUAUCUGUAAAUGGUUCAAUAUUGUAAUUGCAAAAGAAUACUGUGAUGCAAAGAUAUACCGAGACAAGAAAAUAUUUCAUUUAAUUUUAGCAAUCAUUUUGACUA